AUGAUGUCGACUAUCAGCACCAGUGUUCUAUCACCGGCUCCACAGAAAACUGAGGCUAAAGAAACAUACGAUCGCCAUUACUGGUACGCUCAGGCGCAGGAAACGUUGCAGAAACGUUUACAGUACGCAGCUGAUAAAAAUCCUGUAGCCAAGAAUAUAAUUCUGGUGGUUGGUGAUGGUAUGAGCCUUACCACAACAACAGCAGCCAGGAUCCUCCGAGGACAGCGACGAGGCCAGUCUGGGGAAGACACUGACCUGGCGUGGGAUACCUUUCCUGCAGUUUCUUUAGCAAAGACAUACAACAUAGACGCUCAAACUGGAGAGUCAUCAGCUUGUGCCACUGCGCUGUUGUGUGGUGUGAAAGCCCGUUACGAAACUCUGGGUCUCGAUGCGGGCGGAAGAUUCAAUAACUGCGCAUCAACUAUCAACUCUAAAGUGACGUCAUUAAUAGACUGGGCACAUGAAGCUGGAAAAUCCAGCGGUAUUGUAACAACAGCACGCAUAACUCACGCUACACCGGCAGCGUUAUAUGCGCAUGCUCCUUCAAGAUAUUGGGAAGAUGACAGCAGAGUUCCUCCUACAGUAAGAAAAGACUGCAAGGACAUAGCAUUACAGUUAGUUGAAAAUGAACCAGGACGAAGUAUAAAUGUUGUAAUGGGCGGAGGAAGAAGACAUUUUUUACCAACGAUAACUCCAGAUCCAGAACAUCCAAACCGUGAGGGAAGAAGAUUAGACGGAAGGAAUUUAGCAGAAGAUUGGGCCAGAGAAAAAAAGAGGCGACGAUUAAGAGCACAGUACGUUCACACAAAAGAACAACUUGUAAAAUUAGACCCUAGGACGGUGGAUUAUUUAUUAGGUCUUUUUGAAUACUCGCACAUGGAGUUUAAUGCUGAGCGUGGAGCAUCCUCUACAGACGCUGAAGAGGGUACGAGUGCGACCUCCACAGUGAAGGCCGAUGAUCCAUCACUCGCGGACAUGACGCGUGCUGCUUUAUCGAUAUUAACCAAGAAUGAUAAGGGAUUUUUCCUACUCAUUGAAGGUGGAAGAAUAGACCACGCACAUCACUACAACAAUCCAUACAGAGCUCUCGACGAGACUUUGGAGUUAGAAACCGCACUGUUGGCAGCUUUAGAACGGGUUAAUCCCGCUGAAACUUUGAUCGUUGUUACCGCCGAUCACGGCCAUGUAAUGACUUUCGGCGGCCAAGCCACGCCCAGAGGACAUCCUGUAUUAGGCGCUGAUACUGUGGUCUCUGAUAUCGAUGGCCUGCGGUAUACUACCCUGCUAUACGGAACUGGACCUGGACAUUCAGAACCCAGGGCCUUACCUUUGAAUACUACAGUAUCGAUAGGAGCGUUAGCAGAUGCCGUACAUGCAUCGGCCGUACCAAGGCAGUGGGCUACACAUGGUGGCGAAGAUGUGCCGGUGUAUGCUUUAGGACCCAUGGCGACAAUACUAUUUACCGGUGUAAUUGAGCAAAGCUAUAUCCCACAUGCAAUCGCAUACGCCGCUUGCAUCGCUCAUCAAUCACGCCGAUGUCAAGAGAAGAAAAACUUCACACAAGCGCCCGUUGAGAAGCCACCAAACUGCGUAAUUUCAGAAGUCAGCAGCGUCUCAGCACAAGAUGAAAUGAGAAGCGAUGGUUCUAGCGGCCGCCGUAUCGUCGUAGCGUCCAGUGUCAUGUCAGAUGAGCGCGCAUCGCGUUCUACCGCUCCCCUUCCCGCCAUGCUUUUGAUGGGAAAACCUCUGAUAUCAAAGUCUUUUGAUUUAUUGGCUCGAAUAAGUACCGUUUGGUUUAUUACACGAUUAUAA